UGUGAAAGUGUAGAAUAAUUUUUAGAAGAACUAGUAGAAAUUGUUAAAAAAUUACAAUAUAAUAAAAACUAAUAAAUAAAAAAAGUGAAUAAAUAAUUUCGCCAACAUGUCUACCACAUUAUUUGAACAAUUGGAACGUCUGAAAGCACCACAGGCAGGAGCUUUCACAGAUUCCAAACGUAAAGCAUCCAUACUAUUCGAACCCAAGGAGGCAGCCAGCAAGGAUAGACGUACCAUUUACGAUUUGGGUAUCAAUGGUUUGCAGGAGUUAAUAGUGCUUAAUGCACAAUUUCAACAAUUCGAAGGAACACUGUUCGAUGAAAACACUUUGCACUUGGAAAGAGCGGUAGAGAACAAAAACAUUAAUGAGUUGUUGGAUAAAAAUAUAAAAAAGUUUUUGCAACAUUUAAGUCCUUAUUUCUUAUUGCGUCCGGCUCAUUUGUGUUUGGAAUGGCUGAUAAGACGUUUCCAAAUAAACGAUUACAAUCAGAAUGAGUUGAUGGCUUUGGUUUUGCCCUAUCACGAGACGAAUGCUUUUGUUAAAGUUAUACAAACAUUUAAACUGAAAGAGUCGGAGAAAGGCUGGUCGUGGUUAAAACCCUUGCAGAAACCAGGCAAACAUUUGGCCAAAACCGCCAUACUAAACAAAGCAGCCACUGACAAAGGUUUCUUUAACUUUAUCUGUACAAGUACUUUGGAGGCCAUUAAGGAAUUUGGUCCUCAUGCCCAUUUGCUGCAAACGCAACUCAAUUUUUACGGCUCUGUGGCAGUAGGCGCCUUGGAAGUAGCUAGUUCCAUACAAGAAUGGCAUAUAUCUACUUUAUUGCCUUCACUGCUUAAGGGUCUGUCUUCUGGGUGUAUAGAUUUUGUUUCAGCCGCCUAUAUAAUAUCAGCUCGCUUAGUGGCUCGUACACAGCUUACACCCAAAUUCUGUAAUGCCUUAAUAGCAAAAGUGUCUGCUGUUUCUUUUGAUCGUUUAAGACGUACUGCUGUUCUGCUUUUAAUAUGGGUCUUUGACAGCCAGCAGGCUGCUGCUCCUAAGUUCACCGAAGAAACUUUGCUUCAUUUGGUUCAGAAUAAUUGGCUGACAUCCAUUUUGUCUUCUUUGGCUCAAGAGAAUGUUAAUGUACAAGCUUUGAUUGUACCUCUUAUGGAGGACUGCAUUAAGGCUAUGCAAGAUCAACAUGCAAAUGCCAACGACUUUAAAACAUUUUUGGAAACCCUUCUCAAUGAUAUAGAGUUUCCAGUGUCUACGGCUCAAAACAUUAUAAGUUCCUUUUUGGAUUGCUACAUACCUGCGGCUGCUCCAGCUCCACCUUCAGUUAGUACUCUUAAUGAUGGUGAUAUUAUUGAAUUGGAUUCUGAAGAUGAUGAUGUGAAUAUGCCUUUAGCUGGCAAUGUUCAUUUUCAAUCUUGGUAUUCACAAUAUUUGCACAAAUUGGAAAAACAAUAUCCUACAGCCUUUGAUUUGACCAUUAAGGAUUCUUUGUCAAAUAAUGAAAAGCAAGUAUCAAUAAAUCGCAGGAAAGCUAUCAAAAUGGCAUUGGCAUAUCGCCUACAAUCUUUUGACUCCGGCUCCUGUGAUAUUUACGAAAGUCUUUACCAUCAUUCAGCUGCCAUACGUUUGGUAGCCAUUAAGACUAUACUUAAUAAUCUUAAAGAUUAUCAGAAAAGAAGCCAAAACCUUCAAUUGCUUAAGGAGUGUUUGGUUGAUCGCUUAUACGAUGAUAGCGAAGAAAUAGUUAAUGAAAUACUCAAACUAAAUACCGGGGAUAUAAUGAAUAUGAUAAGUUAUCAGAAAUUUGUUAAAGCUCUAAUUGCUAUUUUAUUUAAGAUACAAUUAAAACCGGCACAAUGGUCACGAUUGAGUGUUAAUGUUGUGAGACAUUUAACUUCCCUUGAAGUUAUAGAGCAGUACGAUAAUAACUUGAUACUCAUGGCCCUGAUGUCUUUAUUGUUUCCUAUGGAAGGUGAAGGUGUAACAGCAGAAGCUAUUAUAGAAAUCGUUAAUAGUCCUUUGGCUGAAAGAAUACGAUUUUUACAGGACUUGCAUGUGGAUCCUGUAAACUUCCAUGUAAAUGAAUUUAAAAAACAUUUUCUAGAUGUUAUAGCUGCAGCCAAGGAUACACCCACAGCGGUGGAAUUAUUUGAUUGUGUGGCUUCACAGGGCGAAGCGUAUUUCAAACAUGGCAUGCAGUUUUAUCAUUUCAUACUCUUGGUCACAGCAUAUAUGAAACAACGUUACUCGGCCAAACAAAGUCUACAAAUGUUUAAGCAAAUUUCUGUUUACUGCAAAAAAUUCCAAAUAAAAUCUGUGGCUAAAUGGGAUACUUACAUGAAAUUGAAAUAUAUACCUUUGCCACUCUUCUGUGACUUUUUGAUGACUUUGACUUUACACACCAAUUUCCAAGAUUUACUAAAACAAUCCUGGGAUCAACCGGACGCCUUGGAAUUGCAGUACUUCCUUAGUGUUUUCCAAUAUGUGUCCAACGAAUGCUUUAGACGUAAAAAUAAUGAAGCUGAACAAUUGGAAUGGUCUAAAAUACUAAAGGAGUUAUUUGAUACAGUUUUCCAAGAUGCCUUUAGCAAGGUGGGCUUUUUAGUGAAUUUCUAUGUUUAUGAAAAUGUGGCCUCCAUAAGUGACUAUAAGGUUUUGCGCCUGAGAGCCUUUAAAUUGAUGCAGAUUUUAUUGCAAAAAAAUAACACACAUAAAAUAAAAUUGUCCACGAUGCAUAUUUUAAAAAUCUGCAUUGCUUUGUCCAGCAAUUCACAAACAAUGCGUUUAGAAGCUUUGGAAACUUUAAAAUUGAUUUACAAUGAUGAGCAUGCCUUGUCAGACUUAAACAAAAAGUUUGUUAAAUCUGUUUUAGAGCGCUCUGAAGAAAUAACAAUGGACCACGAACAGUUUCCCUUGGUUGUGUAUGCUAUUUCGAAAAGUGGUAAAGCGUCAAGGAGUAACACAGUUUUGCAGGAUUUAAUACAGUUACUAAAGAAGGAUAAACUGUUGGAACAGGCUGUAUUAUGUCAAAAAUUACUUGAAUUUUUGAUACUGUUCAAUGACGCGGAUAUAUUGGCCCAACUUAUACCUCUGGCCAUGAGAGCUUUGGAAAUGUAUAGUAUUGAUGGUUCCAUAAAAUUGUUGCCGGAACCUUUUAGUAACAUUUUUAAACUAAUAGCUGAUCAUUUCACUUCUCAGACCAUGGAAACUAUUUUAAUGGAUGAACCUAAAGCCUGGCAGUUGAUUGAAAGUAUCUUCCAAAAUCAUAUGUUGUUCAUGGUAGUUGAGGGCAACUUGAAGCCAGUACCCUGUGUUUUCUUGGAGUGUCUAGAUGAGUAUGCUUUGGAGAAGAUGCCGAGCAAGUAUAAACAAGAUUUCCUCAUGUUGCUCAUUAAAACUUUGGCAGAAGCAGAAAAUGAUGCAAUUUUCCAGGCCGCCAAUAAGUUAUUGAAAAAAUGCUCUUUGGAUUGCACACACUUGAAGGAAUUGAUUGUCUCCAUGUACAAGACCAAGGAGGAUAAACAAAAGUCUCCCAGCAUCAGAAAAUCUUUGGCCAAACGUGAUUCUACCAAACCUAUAGAGGUGCAAACGAAUGCUCUCAACUGGAAACAGGGUGUGGUGUUAAUGGAAUUGUUGGAAAAUAAAAAGAAACUAGAACAUACCGACUGUUUGAUACCCUCACUAUUCGAGCUAUUAAAUUGUUGUCUGUCCGUGGAGGAACAAACCACUGUGGAGUACACCAAACAGUUGGUUUUAUCGGCCAUUUUGCACAGCUGUCAAAAGGCCUCAGAAGAUGGUUGUAAUCUACAGACGGCUUUGCCCAAAACCACAUUCCGCAUGGAUCAAGUGGUGCAAUGUUUGCGUGCUUCACAAAAUCCUCAAACCCAUCACAAUGCUUUGUUGUUACUCUCCCAUUGUGCAGCUCUGUUUCCCCAACAAGUCUUGCACAAUAUUGUGGAUAUCUUUACGUUUAUGGGUUCAUCGGUGGUGAGACAUGAUGAUGCCUUUAGUUUUCACAUCAUCAAUGAUAUUAUAGUGUCCAUAGUACCAAUAUUAGUUAAGGAAAAGUCUGCCGUUAUACCCGUGCUCAAAGUAUUUUCCGAUAUUAUGUUGGAUGUGCCAGAACAUAGGCGACUACCGCUCUACACCAAACUUAUAGAGACCCUGGGAUCUGAGGAAUAUCUGUGGAUGUUUUUGUGUGUUGUAUUUGAGGCGCAUGUCAUAGAUGAUGAAAAGCAAAGACUGAUACAAAAGAAACCCAACAAAUCCAAAUCCUUUGCAGCAGAUCAAAUGGCAAAACGCAUAGAAAUUGUCUUGGAGUUGACCAACACCUUUAAGCCUCAAACUAUUAUAGGAACCUGUAUACAACUUAUGAAAUACACCGAACAAUUGCCCAUGCAAAAGGAAGACAACACCAAUACCCGUAAAUCUCUAAGCAAUUUGGACAAUCUGGAAGCCUAUUUGUUCGACAUAAACACUCGUUCCGCCAAACAAUUGCGUCAUUACAAAUAUGUUAUCAUGCAAUUCUUGUCGGCCAUUACUUCCGCCAAUGAAUUCUUACGCCAAAUUGCUUUACUCACCGAUGACGAUAUUCUCAUCAUGAAACCUUUCUAUCAAAACUUCAUCAUCCGAAUUCUCUCGUUUGUUCCGUUGGUUACAGCCACCAUCGAGAAAUCCGAAGACACCUCCCAACAAAAGUUUUGGAAAGUUAUUUUGCAUCACUUGCACGAUGUUCUGGAUAAUGCUAUAUCCCUACUCUCAGCUGAAAUGUUUUUGGUGGUGGUAAAUGGUCUGUUGCAACAUCAAUUGCUUAGUAUACGCAAAAAGGUCAUUGAAUUAUUGAUCAGUAAACUGCAGCAGAAAGACACCAACUUUUUGGCCUGUGACGCUAAACACUUCCAUAAUCUUCUUAAACCAUUGGCUGAUAUGGUUUCCGGCAUAUUGACUAAAGAUGAAACGGUAGAGGCCUCACAACAAAAUGAAUUGGUGUUCUUGCAACAGACCGCUUUGAUCGCCAUAAAACUGUUGUCUAAACAUUUCGCCCUCAUAUAUAUUGCUGAAUUUAAGGACAUUCUGGGCAAUCUUACCAAAAUCACCAAAAAUCGUUCUUCUAUUUCGAAAAUUGUUUUGGCUACAGUCGUAUUGUGCAUGAUAGAGAUUUCGUCGAAUUUGAAGGUCCAUUCUUUGGCUCAUUUGCCCAAGUUUAUGCCACAAAUGAUUGAAAUUCUGCAAGAUCAAGCUGAAUUGGUGCGUUCUCAUCCACCAGAUAAUGUGUGCAUAGCAAUUGUUACAGGCAUGCAGAAACUUUUCGAAACCUUGCCUCUCUUUUUGGGACCCUACAUUGUGGACAUUAUCACCGCCUUAAGUUCCAUUGGCACCCGUAUAACAGCCCAAAACAAUGAGAAAGAUCAAAGAUCUAUUAACACUUUACAAAAGAUAAACACAAUCUGGUCGAAAAUCGCCACUGAGGUACCAGUACGUAUUUUAGUGCCCAGCUGUGAAAAGGCAUACAAUAAACUAAUGACCAGCAAAAAUUAUGCCGACAUUACUGUUUUAAUGAAACUGUUACACCAGUCCUUAACCAACGCCAACAAUAAUGACUUGGCCAAUGUACGCAUUGAACUGACUGAUCUGUUUAUGGAAGCUCUUGAGUUCCGCGUACAAUUGAAGAAUUCCAAAUUGGAAAUGGAAAGUAUAAAUACCAUAGAAGCUGCCAUAAUUGACGCUUUUGCAGCCUGGGUGUUGAAACUUUCGGAAAGUUCGUUCAGACCUCUAUACCACAAACUAUACACUUGGGCUUUGCAGGGCAGCCAACAGAAGGAAAACAUUUUAACUUAUUUCCUAUUGACCAACAAAAUUGCUGAAUCCCUUAAAUCCUUGUUUGUGCUAUUCGCUGGUGAUUUCAUAGAAGAUACUGCCCGUCUGCUCAAUGAAUCGAAUGCUAAUAAAAUUGAUAUAGAACCCGAAACAGAAUAUCUUACCACAGAACUGCUAAAGGCUGUUUUAAGUACUUUGUUUAAUAUAUUCCUGCAUGACAGCAAAGAGUUCAUUAAUACCCAACGUUUUGAAUAUUUAAUGCCAGCCAUUGUUGAUCAAUUGGAAAAUCGUUUGGUCUUAGAGCAAGAUUCGCUGCAAAAAAUCCUAAGCGACUGUAUUGCUCAAUUGGCAGUGGAUGUUUGCAAUGAUGUUAUGUGGAAACAGUUGAAUUAUCAGGUGCUUUUAAAGACACGCACCAGUGUACCAGAGGUACGUAUUUUCGCCUUCAAUUGCUGUGUGGAAAUUGCACGUAAAUUGGGUGAUGAUUUUACACCUUUAUUACCCGAAACUGUACCCUUCAUUGCUGAGCUGUUUGAAGAUGAAAAUCCUCGAGUUGAGAAGAACACCAGGAAAUCAGUGCAAGAAUUGGAGGUUAUUUUAGGAGAAUCAUUACAAAAGUAUUUGUAAUUAUGUUUGAAAAGAAAAAAAAAGUAUAACAAUGAAUUGUUGCAAUUCGGAAUUUAAUGUAAAAUAGAUUAUGUAUUUUAAAUGAAUAAAAAAAGAAAAUUAAACAAAAAGUAGCAAAAA